AUGUUCGCGCUCCAGGGGAAGUUGCUCCCGGCCUUCGGCCUCUUUGUCGGUCUCUUUAUAACCGUGUCAGCCGCCCAGGCACAGAAUAAGUCAAGGGAAUCGGAGUCCUGGAAGCCCAUGCAGCCGCAGAAACGUCAGGCCAUCGUGAAGUUGGACCCCCUCGGCUCUGCAGCAGCCAAGAGCUACGAUCCUCCGCCGGAGUUUUACCGGGGACCGGGCUCAACGACCUCCAAGCUGGACAGCACAGCAGCUGGCUUUAUAUCCAAGCCGAUUAGCUCGCUGCCUCCAGCUGGAGUGGGAGGAGGAGGACAUGGUGGUUCCCACAUUAGCAGCCUACAUGAGAAUCUCAGCGAGGCCUACGAGAAGUGGAAGCUGGGUGGAAAUAUUCAAGACCGGAUUAGCGUGGGUCACUAUGACGGCAGUGGAAGUGCUGGAAAAAGCUAUGCCUAUGAUAGUCAUCCAUAUCAGUACGACUACGGACCCUCUAAUGGACACGGCUACGAACCAGGCCCAGCUCCUGGACACGGCUACUCCUCCAGCGGAGAGGCGGGAGUGCCGUACCAUGUUUACAGACCCCGACCGGAGACGGGUCACUACCCUGGGCCACCUGUGGACUACUCCUACAGCUCGUAUCCCAUCGAUUCCCACGAGAUCGUCUCGCACAAAGGCUCGCCGGAACUUUCGCCCAAAGCCCUGCUGGCCAAGAGCUUCCUUAUUCCGCUGGCCAGUGCCACCGUCCUGGGCAUCGCCGCCGCCCUGAUCAGUAAUCCGCUCCUGCUGCAACUGGCUCCCGUUCCCGGCAUUGGAGUAGGCGUGGGAGUCGGACCUUCAGUCGUCGGCAAGCGGAGAAGGAGAAGACAAGCUGUGAAGAGGGUUCCAAGGUCAGGGAGUUACUCGUUCUGAUCUCUAAGCUUGAGUACUUUUCAUCCUAAACGUUUAUAAAUCAGGAAAUAUUAUAAAAUAAAGUUAUUAUAAUAAAGUUAAAAA